GUAUCCCCAUAUUAUGGGUUAUUGAUUAACUUGGCAUUGAAAUUAUUGAAUUGAACAGAAGCUUCCUGCACUUGGAAUCUUAUCUUCAUCGAAUCAACACAAACAGCAAAAAUGAGCACUGAAUACGGUUGCCAGGUCACCAACAAGUUCGGUCUUCCAUCCGACGACGACGAUGAGUAUGACGACCCAAGAGAGCUCAUCCAAAAGGUGUCUCAAAUCGCCGCCAAGAAGAAGGAGGAAAAGUCUGUGAAGCCCGCCCAGCCGGUCAAGCCAGCCGCUGCUCCAGUUGCCGCCACCAAAACCGACGGUGCUGCUGGACGUGGACGCGGAGGACGUGGUCGCGGACGCGGGGGAGCCGGCCGUCCACGUGACGGAGAACGUGUCUCCAACGAGAACGGUGAUCGUCCACAAGGCGAGAACCGUCGUGGAGGACCCCGCAGAGGCGGUGAGCGCGGUGCUGCUCGUCCAGCUGGACGUGGAGGCCGCGGAGGAUUCACUCGCGAGAACAGAGAAGGAGAGGAGCCAAAGCAAGAGGUCUCUUUCGAAGACGGACAAGAUACCCGUGCCCCAAGACGUCGUGGAGGAUUCACCCUUGGAGGUGGACCAUCUGGCGGACGUGGAGGAGGCCGUGGUGGACGUGGGCGUCAAUUCGAUCGUCAAUCCGGAUCCGACCGUACCGGAGUUCGCUCAUUCGACAAGAAGGACGGACACGGAAAGGGCAACUGGGGAGACCAGAAGGACGAGUUGGCUGGAGAAACCGAGAACAUUGCUCCAGAGGGCGCUGAGAGCACCGAGCCAGAGGUUCCACGUGAGAAGACCGCUGAGGAGCUCGCCUACGAGGCUGAGUUGGCUGUUCUUGCCAAGCAAAAGACUCUUAAGGAGUUCAAGGCUGCGGCUAAGGCUGACGCUCCAAAGUUCAACACCAGAAAGGCCGGAGAGGGAGCCGCCGAUACUUUUGGCAAGCUCGUUCCAAUCAAGAAGGAGGUCAUCCCAGAUCGUGAGGAAGACGAGGUCGUCGUAAUCCACAAGGCUCCAAGAAAGCAAGUGCUCGACAUUUCGAUCACUUUCCGCAACGAUCGUCCAGAACGCGAGCGCAACGACCGUUCUGAGAGGCCGCAACGUGGAGGACCAAGAGGAGGUGGACGCGGUGGAGGCCGUGGAGGACAACGUCAAGGAGGUCAUGGAGGACGCAACAACACUCCAUUCAACGCUUCUGACGAUGCUUUCCCAGCUCUCGGUGCCAAGUAAUUCCCCCCCCCCCACUCAACGACCUUCAGCCAACCAACCAAUUCGCCCGCCCUCAUUCAAAUGCUCUGUUCUUCUCUCCAUCUUGUUUUCUUCAAAAUUCUCCUCUUUUCAAUAUCUUUGCCUGUGCCCAUCUACCCCACAAAUUGUUCGUUUCCAAAAUGCCUGUUUCUUAUUUUUCUUUUUUUUCUAGUUCCCCCAUUUAGCUUGUUGUUGUUAUCACCUGCCUUAUCGAUCUCUCUUCUGAUGAGUUGCCCUCGAUUUGGUUUGCUUGUUAUCUCCCGUUUUUUCUUUAAUUUUUAAGCCCUUUGAAUCCCUUGAUCUUCCACAUACACCCACCAAGACGACCUCUUCUUUACCAAAUAUUUGACACAACAAAAGGUCUCAAUUGUGUCAAGGAUCAACGAACUAGUACUAGGAAACUCAAUUUGUGCCCCUUCCAACCACCACCCCAUUGCGCCCAGGUUUCGUUUUAAUUGGAGUUUGUUGUUAACAAGAUUUGAUAAAGCAUCAUU